AUGAUCAGGGAGGUGGCAUGGAACGAUACCCCGCUGCAGUACGAUGAGUUUAUCCAGCACUGUGCUGCCACUACAGCUAGCCAAUUGAGUGAGGAUGAUUUGGUUUCCCUAAGUUUCCAUGCCAACCCGCACGUCCCGUGGUCUAAUGCCGCCCACUCCCGGGUUGCCCUCGACUGUCUUGCCUCCGUCCCCUCUACGGACAUUGCCCAGUGGAUACGACCGUAUUUGCUUGCAGUUAGCAGGCCCAAUAAAAGGGUGGCACGUUUAGCUCAGCUGGGAGUGAAUCAGGAGAUUCUUCAAGAGGAUAGCCGUCGCCAGUGGAAGGCGGGCGCGGGAGUGGGCAGUUUGGGCAUGAUAUGGCCGCUAGUGGUCCGUGGAGAAGAGUAUUCGAUUGUGAUCCCGUUUCUACUAGUGUUGUUUGAUGACUACGAACAGAGGAUAAAGCUCCAGGCGUGCCAUAUCUUAUUGGAGGUGCUCACUAAUCAUCGUGACCUACUAAUGGGAGGAGUGGUGCAAGAACUCAGACAAUCAGUGGACGUGUGUCUUUCCUAUCUCCCGCCACUGACACCUGAAGCUCAAGCUGAACAGUUGCUUCAAGUUGCGUGGCCGUGUGCCCUAUUACUAGCCUCAACUCCCAUUCAGAGAAUUGAACUUGUGGGGCAAGUACUCUCGCUGAUAAGCCACUUGAAACAUGAAUGGAAAUUCAUGAGCUUCUUUGUAGAACAAUUGAAGCUAAUUGUUGACCAGCUCCAAGCAGCAGUGCUUGUGUCGUUAUCUCGCAUCACGUUUGUCUUAGGACAAAUCUUGAUUAAUCCGUUUGUCAUUGACGACUAUGCCGAUGGGUUUGGCCUCAUAUUGACAGUACUUGAGUGCCAAAAACAAAUAAUCAGCAUUGUGGCAUCGCAGGACGACGACGCCCAGGCGAUAUUGCACCAGUACCGCUUCGAUUUCAGUGCGAUGUGGACGACAUUGCGCCAGCGGCUAGCCAAGAUCCACACCCCUUACAAACAAGCAGUGGACGCCAAGCUCGAUGAGCUACACGCCACAGGGUUGUGGGUGCCCGCCUCCUAG